AGAUCUUUGAAGGUUCUGUACAUGAUAGAACUUUGUGAAGCAAAAAAAUGACUUCAUCAUUCCAAGCUAGCAAACAACUGUUAGCUAUACGUGAGCAACUGAAACAAAUAGACAAACAAUACAAGGAAGGAUUUAAAUUUGAAAACUCAAAGGAUUCUCUUGAUCUGGAAAAGAAAAAUGAGACAAGGACGCAUGAAACAAUCUCUAACGACAUUUCCUUGGAUCACAACCAAACAAAUACCAGUAUAUUUGAAAUACAGACAGAAGAACCCAAUAUAUCUCAAGCGAACAAUUUUGAGCACAUUGAAGCCAUGUUUUCAACGUUAAUAGAAGAUUCUCAAGACAAUUACCAGCAUCUUCAUGAUCUACCUCUGUCUGAAGAAUUGCGUCACGCCAUCACAAACAUGGAAGAUAUUGAUGAUGUAGAUACGUUGAUCGGGGAUGUUAUCAGUUCAGUUCAAAUUGAUCCAGUGAGUGAUGAGGAUCUUGAUUCAAUCGAGCAUUUUGUGUCCUGCUCAGAGAGUCAUCAGAUUGAGGAAGGUAACCCUAGGAGUCUCGAUAGGCAAUCUAAAAUUGACCUCUCGAUCCCUAAACAAUAUGAGUCACAAGAAGAGAAAGCACUCUGGAGAAAAGAAAGGAUUAAAAAGGACAAUCAUAAUAUUAUUGAGAGAAGACGGCGAUAUAAUAUCAACGACAGGAUAAAAGAACUCGCCACUUUGCUGCCGUCGUCCACUCAUCCGUCAAUGAAACUCAAUAAAGGUUCCAUAUUAAAAGCCUCUGUUGAGUAUGUUAAGAUGUUGAAGAAAGACAGAGAAAAACUGACACAAUAUGAAGCACACCAGAAAGCUAUGGAGAAAAAAUACCAUAAAAUGCUGAUAAGAAUUUUUCAACUUGAACUGAAAAUGAAGUUAUAUGGACUGACAGAACAACUAGACUGCAUGCAAGUAAAGAAAAAGAAGAGACCAAGAAGAAGACUGAGUGAAAUCGACGCGAUGAUUGAAGAUUUAAUGAUGCCGAGAGUAUCAACAAAUAUUAAAGCAAAUCCUUUCACAGAAGAUUCACUGUUCAACGAAGAGGCAAAACCAAAAGUAUUUGGAAGUGACAAAAACACGAAGCAUGCGACAACAAAAUCUGGUCUGAAAGAACGUAUCAUGAAAAAGUUAUGCAAGGAAACCAUUGAUCCAUGCAAAGUAAAACUGUUUAAUCUCAAAGAAAGGCAAGAGUUACAUACUUCCUGUGGAGAGCAGGACAGGCGUGAAAAAGUCCAAAGUCUGGUCCAGUUACAAAAUGACAGAUCGCAAGCGGAAGCGUUCAAACAAGAUGAAACUUCCGCUGAAGCCACAGAGGAAAAAUACAUAUCAAAACUACAACCAGAAACGAUUCAAUUGGUUCAAAAUCCUUUAAUUUCUGAAAACUCUGACUUAAGUCUAGAAAAAUGCAAUCUUUUCCUAGAUCUAUUUGGAAAUCAAGCCACUUCAAAUAUAACUGUGGUUCAAAUUGACCCCAACAUGGCCGUACCUUCCACUCCCGUUCAACAACUGGAACCAAUGAAAGAGGACGUCUGUAUUUCUCCUGUGACGUCAACAACUAACAUGCUUGAAGCUUUACUUAGAAACUCUGAUGAAGCAUCAUCUGUGUACUCUUCCUUGGAAAAUUCACUUGAAACCUCAAUAUAAGAAUUUUAUAAACAAUACCAAAAAAGACAAAACAAUGCAUUAAGUAAGUCUUCCUUAACCGCAUUAUAUCUCAUUUGUUUCAUUGCAUUGUUUCAUAUAUGCUUCAUAUAUAUAUAUUAGGCACUUGUAAAAUUUGCAUUACAAACAGAAUAAACAGAUUCAUUACA